UAAUAAAAUUUUGAAGAACCGGACAUACCAAAGUCGCAUUAAUUCUCUUGUACGGACGUGACGUCAGCGGGUGUUGGAUCGAGUUAAUUACUUCGAAUUCAAGUUUGUGCUUUCAACUCACUGAUAUAACUGUUGAAAUCUGCAGUCAACGGUGUUGUGAGUCAUGAUUUGAAUUGUUGCUAUGGUGAAAUUGAUUAUUCCACAUGUGCUGGACACAGCAAAUGCAACGCUCUAUAUCAUACAGAGCUUUAUCAGGACUUUAAUAUAUAUUUUCAAGGGAGAGAAACUUUUACUAACAAUAAUGACGUUGUCUUUGACGAGGAUUGACUAUAUGGCGGUGGGUUCCACUUCUCGUGGAACGACAAGAUUGUUGCCUACACCAGAUCCGAAACAACAAACUCAGAGAUUUGUCGUAGGUGAUCAUGAUGGCAUUCUACACAUCUGUGGGGUGAAAAAAGAUGAGCUGCAAAUUAUAUUUAAAUCCCUACCGGGGCCAAAAGUUAAUGGAAUUUCGUUGGGGGGCGUACUCGGGACUCAGAAAGAUAAAAUAUUUGUUGCCGUUGGCAAUUCAGUCAAGGGAUACACGAGAAGAGGAAAAGUCUUUUUAGAAUUUGAUACAAACUUGCUAGAACCCAUUUCUGCAAUGUGCGUUCUGGGACCAGAUCUAUCAGCAUGUGCUAAGGAUUUGUACCACCGAUAUCACGAUUGUAGGGAUGCAGACGCGUACUUGGUUGGAGAGAGAGUAAUGGAUGUUCUACUGUUACCAGGCGAAGGUUCCGCUGUUGUUGCUGUUCUUGCCUGCGGAGAUUGUGCUGUACGAGUUCUCCACAGCGGCAGGACACCAACGUUGCUUAGAUUAACCACAAUUCCAACGAUUUUGAUGCCUUACAGAGAAGCUGACGUUGAAUCAAAAGAUCGUAUUUUAGUAGGUACAACAGAUGGUAGAGUAGGUUUACUCACACUUCAAAGGGAUAAAACUCUGAGAGUAACCUGGCUGCUUAGCAAUAAUGGAGCAGAAAUCACAUCUCUAGACACUUAUGAAUUGCAGGAUGGUGUAGACAUUCUUGUCGGUAGACAGAAUGGAGUUAUAGAAGUAUUUGCAUUUCCUGAAGAGGAUGAUACCACACCUGUAUUAAGAUUUCGGCAUAAUUGUGGCGAAAGUGUCAGUACGGUAGUAGGAGGUAUAGUUGGAGCUGUGGGUUAUCCAGAAGUUUUAGCGACCACAUAUUCUGGGCGAAUAUUCGGUCUGACGACAAAGCCACCAGGUUUGUUAGAGGUGGACCAGGAUAUCGGACUGAUGACAAAACUGAAAAUAGAAAUCGACCAAUUAGAACAAAAAAAAAACCAACAAAAGGAGUCUUUUGAUGUGGGAACCGAUGCUUUAGCUCCACCGAUACUGAACGUUAAUCAUAGGAUGCUUAUCAAUAAGGAAAAUGCGUCCUACACUUUAUCCAUUGAAUUAGAAACGUCCAUUGAUAACAUACUACUUCAAUCUGAUACUCCUGUGGAUUUACUUGAUGUUGAGAGUAACAGUGCCGUUGCUAGUUUAUCAGCAUGUGAUCAUAAAUCGGGAAACUAUGUUCUCGCUACCUAUAGAUGCCAGAUCAACACCAAUCGUCUCGAUUUGAGAUUGAGGACAAUUGAAGGACAGCCUGGAUGCUUGCAGAUCUAUGUAACAUCGCAGGUACAACCAAAAUGCUGUCGGCGAAUCCAAAUUCCAAUCCAUGCGUUAUCUUUCCAUUCAAGAAUUCACAAAGAUGAAAAUACCGUAUUAUUGGGUGGUCCGUUUAAUGAACUGAAUUUGCGUGGUUCUUUCACUGCUGCUGAGAUUCAUGCCUGGCUUUCGUUGGCCCUUCCUGACGUACCUGAAAGACCCCAUUUGGAAGAUGGCGAAGGCACUUUAAUAUUUACGUCAACCUUUGUCGGAACUAUGUUGAAAUGCAAUUACAAAAAAGGUAAUGCAAUAUUUCUGAGCGAAAAUAUAUCAAGUAUUAUUAUUCUGCGAGAUAUAUUAACUGGAGAAGCUACCAAAAGAAAAAUACGGUUGGACGUUUUCUGUAAUAUCGCCAAUGGAAGUAUUUCCAGGGUUUUGGAUUUAGUCCUACCUCGAAUUGAGGCAGCGCGAGCCAUAAAGGAAAAAGUUAAAAUUCUCGAUGCAUUACAAGAGUGGGAACUAAAUACUAAUCCGGAGCAACUUUGUUCAAAGUAUCAAAAAUUACUCGAAAAUGAAUCAAAUCUCAGAGCUGAGCUUGUAAAAGAUCCCGAUAUGCUGCAGAGGUUGUAUGGAACGAUUACCGAUUUGUACGUUGAUUGGGAGCGAGCCAGAGGUGGUCAAAUAGUUACGAGCAAAACAGCAACAGAGAAACUAAGACCAGCAUUAGAAUCGAGGGAUCUUACACUACUGUUACAAAUUUUUAACGGAAACAAUAGUGCUGCUGAAACACCUGUUCCACAAUUGCAACAAAACUAAGACUCCAAAUAAAAUGAAGAGACAGAUUAAGAUUAGUGUACAUGUGUCUGUGUAAAAAAUAUAUUUUUCAACAUUGAAUUUCCACAUAAACAACUAAUUAGUUUAAGUUUGAAAACAUGAUAUAGAAUUUUAGGAUUAUAAUUCUAUACAUAACUAGACUUAUGACGCAGUAUAUGUUUGUGUGUAUAGGCUUUUCAAAUACAGAAUUUCCAAUUAUAUCUCAACGUUUGUGUUAACCUGCGUUCAUUAGUAUUUGUUUAUAAAUUAUGCCACUAGUCUGAAAAUAUAUUAAGAAAAAAACUAAGUUCACUGUAUAUAUAAAUUUCAAUGAUUGUAGUCUUGUGUUUUUGGAGAAUGUUGCCCUGACCUGUCACCACUAAUUCUAAUUUAUCGAAACAAAAUAGGUUUCAUACUUUCCACAACUCUAAUGAAUCACGGUAGCAGCCUCAAUUCGUUCAUUUAUUUAAUUAUUUAUUCAUGCAACAUGCAAGAAUGAUCAACAGCCUCGAUCGCCUUAAAUAGUAAAUAUAAUAAGAGUAAUUU